AUGCCGGCCAACAAGCGGAUGAAACGGGAGAUGCACCCGAGUGUUCUUUCAUCCCGAGCUUCCACUGCAGUGCCAACUUCGCAGACCUCUUUAUGUGAGGAGUCUGAGAAACUCGGCAAGGACGAAGAGGAGUGGGUUGAGGAGUGGUUGGUACAUAAGGCAGAGCCUGAAAGUGAUGAUGGUAAAGACGUUGAGGACGGUGAGGAGGGUGAAGACUUUCCAGAGGUGAAACGUGAGGACGCUGACGGAUUUCGAUUAGAUUUUGACCAGUUCCUUACGCGCCCUCGGAACUUUUACCAGAUGGCAGUGCAGCUGCUGGAUUUCAAGGGGUUGGAUGUGUACUCUGUGGAACCGACACGACGCGGAAUUCUUCACGAAUGGUUCCAUCGGUACCAUCCAGGCGUUCUGGAUGACGAUGCUCUAUGGACUUUCUCAUUUGGAGAGACAGGAGGGCCAAGACCGCUCUUCAAAGCCACCCUGACUGCACACUCUUUGAAGGACAGAAAAUUUGAAUCAGAGUGGUGCGUUACCAGGCGUCUCGCUGAGCUUUCAGCGAUCAAGGUUUUCCGCGAAGAUCCAGAAGUACAACAAAUUGCAAAACUGCUACCGCCAUCACAAAAAAAAAUCAAGGACAAGGCCAGCAUGAAGAAGGAAGAAAAAGAUGCAUUGAAAGCUCGAGGCAUUGAUUCUGGCAUGGUUCAUAAAGAGCUUGCGCAACGAGUGUACAUGCAUUUCCGAGAUUUGGGGUGUCGCAAUGCGCUUUGGGAUGGCAAUGCCUCCGUUCUCGUGCGGCUGCCGCUCUUCCUCUCAGCUUUGACAGGCAUGACGGACUCCACGUUGUUUUGGGUUUCGUUGUUAAUUACUGGGGCAUUGGUGACUCGAGUGCAGCACCUGGAAGUUUGCUGCUUGGGAUCCGCGACUGCCGGGCCGUUGCCGCAGCACCUCGACAAGUUGGAAGAGGUCACCGGCUGCACCGCAGGGGACGGGGCUGCCGUUGCGGUGGAGGCAGCACCUGCACCGGAGGCUUAUGAGGCUGCCACAGCAUCCUCUGAGAGCUUGGCGCUCAGCAUUUGUUUUACGCCAGAUAUGCAUGGCCAAGACACCACGGCUGAGGGCGAAGCUGUCGAGAAGAAGAACAGGUUGGGCAGCGGGCUCAAAGUUGAGGCGAAUAGCUGGAUGUGCCGGACGGAGCUGCACAAUGCCGUGUGCAGCGGUGACAAAGACUACGUCCAGCAGCUCCUGAAAAAUCGCGCGUCUGUUGAUGCCACGGACGGAAGUGGCUGGACACCACUACACUUGGUCGCCAGUGAGCUCUCGGAACCGGUCAAAAUCAUCGAGCUACUGCUGGAGGCCAGGGCCAGGAUGAAGACCUCAGCGGCCCGGAGCCGAGCUCUUCACAUAGAAUAUGUGAAUGUCUUCUGUCAACUCGCGCAGUUCUGGCGUUUGAUGUCAAACUUGCCGCUAAGGUUUCACUCCCUUGAAUUGGCUUGCGACUCGAAAUGCAAGGAAGCGGUGGCUGUUCUGCAGAGCGCUGCUCCUUGA